CCAGAAAACAGUCUGCUGCAGUUGCAUCAGGCAGAAGAGAGAGAGAAGUGGAGGAGACGCUCUGAAACGGCACCACUGUUGUGCUCACCAGCCAGGAGAGGACCUGCUUUUAUAGGACAGACGUUUGGCGCAGUUGCAACAAGAAAUGGAGCAAGCGAACGUGUCAGACAGCAUGGGAAACAACACAGACAACUGUCCCUCUAUUGAUGAUUUCCGUAAUCAGGUCUACUCCACAUCAUACUCCCUCAUCACCGUGUUGGGCUUUGUGGGGAACGGUUUUGCCCUGAUGGUGUUGAUUAAAACAUACAGACAGAGCACGCCCUUUCAUGUCUAUAUGAUGAACCUUGCCAUGUCCGAUUUGCUGUGUGUAAUGACUUUGCCACUUCGAGUUCUCUACUAUGUUAGAAAAGGUCAUUGGGAACAAGGAGAUUUUCUCUGUCGGAUCAGCUCCUACUUUCUCUAUGUGAACCUCUACUGCAGCAUUUAUUUUAUGACUGCCAUGUCGGUCACACGGUUUGUUGCCAUAGUUUUUCCUGUGCAGAACCUGAGGCUAGUGACAGCGAACCGUGCUCGUCUUGUAUGCCUGGGGAUUUGGAUCUUUAGUAGUGCUGCAUCUUCCCCAUUUCUUAUGUCUGGUCAAUCUAAAGACCCAAUGACAAAUAAGACCAAAUGCUUUGAGCCACCAAAAUCUGAAAGUGAUCGACUACCCAAACUGCAGGGGCUGAACUACUUUUCUCUUGUAAUAGGAUUUAUCAUGCCGUUCCUAACUAUACUUAUCUGCUAUGCCGGCAUAGUCCGUACUCUUCUUUCUCGCACCCCAGCUGCCCGGCGAAACCAGGACUCAGCAUCAAAAGCCAUCCGAAUGAUUGUCAUUGUCCUGCUGACCUUCCUGAUCAGUUUUAUGCCGUAUCACAUUCAACGCACCAUGCACCUGAAUUUCUUAUCAAGGAAGUCAACCUGCUCAGAGCAGACACUCAUGCAAAAGUCUGUUGUUGUGACACUGUGCCUAGCUGCCUCCAAUUCAUGCUUUGACCCCAUGCUGUAUUUCUUCUCUGGAGAGGGUUUCCGUAGCCGUCUGUCUUCCCUGCGCCAGACGGUAAGAAGCAGCGCCAUGCGCCGUGCAUCCAAACUGAAGCCAAUCUCAAACUCAGAAUCAGGGAAAGAGGCAGACACAAUUUAAACUGCUGCAGAUCUAGGGUUCUUUAAGCAAGCUGGGGAUCUUAGACUGUAAGAGGAUAUGAAAGGAACAUAAAAAGAACAUAAAAAAGAAAACAAUGUUUUACAAAUGUUGCUGCUUAACUUGCAGCAGGAGUAUGUAAAUGUUUGAUACAUUAUAAAACCAAUGAAGAAAAGUUUCAUUUAAUGAAUAUUUAUAAAAAAAAGACUGUUUAUUUACUUGUACAAUAUGUAAAAUUAUAUAUCAACCUUUUGCAAUUGGUUUCAGUAUAAUGAAAAAUAUGUCACAAUUUGUAUGCAUUCCGGAUGUUUUAAUUUAUGUUUCUAAGCUGUAUGUUAUUUGUGCAUCUUGUACCGUAAAGGAUAAACCUCUGGAAAAACAAAUUGUGGCCAGAAA